CGUAGCGAGUGACAAGCAUACACCAGAGACACAGACAGUCUCAGUCUGACUGGCUGUUUGAGAUUGCAAAGGCGUAGCAAGCGACCGUGCCCUGUCCAGUUUUGCUGAGAGUUGGAAGUUGGAACCACCACCACCCAUGGAGGAGAAGGGUGCGCUGUCGCCGGCGUCCAGUUCCUCCACCACCUGCAGCAGCAACGGCUCCGGCCCCGGCUCCCCGCUCACGACGUCGUCUUCUGAUGACUCGAGCAGGAAGCGGCCGCGGCGGGACCUGAAGCACCCGACGUACCGCGGCGUGCGCAUGCGGGCGUGGGGCAAGUGGGUGUCGGAGAUACGCGAGCCCCGGAAGAAGUCCCGCAUCUGGCUCGGCACCUUCGACACCGCGGAGAUGGCCGCGCGCGCCCACGACGUCGCCGCGCUCGCCAUCAAGGGCCGCGCCUCCGCGCACCUCAACUUCCCGGAGACCGCGCACCGGCUGCCCCGCCCCGCCACCGCCGCGCCGGAGGACGUGCGAGCCGCGGCCGCGCUCGCCGCGCAAAUGGACCGCGCACCGGACGCGGACGCCGACGUCAAGGACACGGAAGCCAGGGUCGAGGAGGAGCCGGCGCCGGCGCCGGCACCUGCAGCGGCGGCGCACGCGUUGCCGGACGACGACAUUGUUGACCUCGCGCUCUUCGACCUGCCCGAGUUCCUGCACGAGUUCGGCUUCGCGCUGCCUCCCUCGACGUAUGAUGUGUCCUCCUGGCACGACGACUUCCGGUUCGAGCCGGCGCCCAUGCUGCUCUGGGAGCACUAACGAUCCGUCCGUCGUGUGAGGCGGUGAGCAGCAGCUAAGGGACCGGGCCGGCAACACGCGGCAUGCAUGCCAGUUCCAAGUUGGGUUUAUGGUGAUCUGCAUGCAUGCGGCGUGUUACCGAGCACACCGGUAAAUCGAUUCCUGCGUACGUGCUACUAACAAGGCCAACUGCAAUAGAAUCGCAGGCUAAAGAUAGUUUGUGGAUUCACAUCUUCUUAAAACUGAAUAAAGCUCGGUUACUUCA